UCUAAGAGUUUCUUGUUUUUGUUUUCCAGCAAAACUCAAAAUUGAAAGCUCCCUUUGUAUGCCUCCUCCAGAGGAAAACUCUGGAUACGAGUUGGUAUCGCCCAAAGAUCCAGCAGUUAUGAUGAGGAAAUCUGGAAUGAUUAAAGAUGGAGAGAAAACAUCUAGAAAGAAAGAUAAGAAACUACGAGAGGAUGAAAAGUUAGAGAAACGUCGACUGAAGGAAGAGAAGCGGCUGACAGACAAGAAAAAGAAGAAAACUGCUCAAGGAAAGGGAGCUAACACAAACCAAGUUGUACAAGGACUGGAAAGCUUUGCUCAGUCAGAGGAAAAUAAAAUUCCAUUGUUUGUAGAAAAAUGUAUUGGGUUUAUUGAGGAAGAGGGGCUGGAUUCUGAAGGUAUUUACAGAGUGCCGGGAAACAGAGCCCACGUCGAUCAGUUGUACCAGAAGUUUGAUGAAGAUUCAGAUGUGUCCAUCAGAGAUCUUGAUAUUCCAGUUAACGCUGUUGCUACUGCCCUGAAAGACUUCUUUUCCAAAAAGUUGCCACCACUCUUACCUGUCUCUGUCAUGGAGGAAUUAAAUGAAGUAUCACGUAGGUGUAGAAAGGACCGGCAUUACAAGUGUUCGUUCUUUAAUCAUCUCAAGACAUGUUGUAUAGACAGGUGUGCUACAGAGAAAAAUUAUACAGAAAGGGAGUAAAAGGUUGCCUGGGUCACCUGUUUUAAUCACUUCCACCACUAUACAGUAGUGUAUUGUCUGUUAGUCAGCCAGUAGACACUAAACUGAUGUCACAUAAGGAAUGCUUAACAUUGCAAUUUAUACUGUCGUGACGUCAGUAAAACGUGCACAUGCCAUGAAUCACGGGAAGAAUUAUGUACUCUGUAGGUUACAACAUGACAUAUGAACUUCAAAAGCAAGAAAUAAAAAUAUAUUACUCUUAAUUUUGGUUUUAUUUACCCUGGAAACCGAACAUUUCCGGGGGACCCUGUGGAAGUACAUCUAUUAGAUUUUUCAUAGUGACAGAACUAACUUUUAGUUUUCCAUAAAAUGUUGAGUAUUUCGAAGUUUGUAGGUGAGCUGUGAUGGAGUUGUAUGUAUACUUUAUUUAUAACACAAACUGCAAGGAAUCUUGUGAUAUGUUUCAGUAAGACAUAUAUUGGAUAGCUGCUAGUGUUAAUUUUUCAUUAGAUAUGUUGCAGUUGUAACCUAGUAUCAGUGUAUUACCAAUUGGAGGAAUAUCUGGACUUGAAGUUCCUAUUUCUAUAAUAUCAGUGUAUUACCAAUUGGAGGAAUAUCUGGACUUGAAGUUCCUAUUUCUA